AAUGUUAUAUUUAUUUGAAGUUAAAAGGCGUACCAUUCUUUGAAACUUUGAAACGAGUAAACUGAAAAUGAAAUUUUGUUCGGAUAUGAAUAUUUUUGUUUCUGUGUUCACAAUAUUUUUUGGGAUGGGUUCUUGGAUUGCAGUGAACGCCGUUUUUAUUGAACUGCCAAUUUUUGUGAAUCAUCUUCCCGAAGGAUGGAAUCUGCCGUCGUAUUUGUCUGUCGUGGUUCAAAUUGCAAACAUUGGACCAGUUGUCUACACGGUAUGGAAUACUUUGCGACCAGAAGGAAGUCACGAAAGAGUAUUUGUGUUUUUGAUCGUGUCCUCAAGUUCUUUUGCAGUAUUGCUUCUCGCAUUUUUAUGGAAAGAAACAUCGAAGAUCGGGGGUGAAGAUCAUAGCACGGCAUUACUCGUGUUGACAUUUAUAUUAUCAUUUAGUGCAUGUAUGUCUUCUGUAGUAUUUCUGCCAUUUAUGAGUAGGUUAAAAGUAAAGUACAUGGCUCCGUUCUUUGUGGGAAUGGGUUUAAGUGGUCUUUUACCAAGUUUGAUAUCAUUCGCUCAAGGCGUUGGGCGGACAGAAUGCCGAAAUUCAAGCCAGUUUAACGCAGUUACAAAUGAGUCUUUCUAUAAAGUACAAGAAGUGUUUCAAUCACCAAAAAUACCAGUAAAAUAUUUCUACUUUGUGAUAUAUACUUUAAUGUUAAUAAGUGGUAUUUCGUUCGCUUUGUUGAACUUCUUGCCGUAUUGUAAAACAGAGCACAUCAACAUUAAUGACACCCUUUCACAAAAGCAUCAAAGUAAUGAAGAAAAUCAGGACAAUCUUAUGGGGAUAAGAAACGAAAAUGGUAAAGUAAAGAAAAGUUUGUGUAUAAAGAAUAACAUUAUAUAUCUGAUUGUUCUCGUUUGGAUUAACGCUUUGCUAAACGGUGUUCUACUGUCCGUGCAAUCGUACGCAUGUCUACCAUAUGGAAAGGAGUUUUAUCACUAUUUUGUGACAGGAUCAAAAAUUGUCGAUCCAGUGGCUGGAUUCCUCAACUUCUUCAUCGUUGUGAAGUCUGGAAAAGGUAUCGGAUGCUUAACCAUUACUGGGUCUGUGUUUGCUACUUACAUAGUUGUCAUGGCGGCGAUGAGCCCGACGCCAGCAUUUCUGGAGUCAUCAUAUGGCGGUAUUUUAGUGGUGAGCAAAGAUUUAUCUUAUAAGACAGAGUAGAAUAAAUGUAAUCAAUUUGUUCUGGCAAUAAUUAAGAAAUGCAAAAAUAAUACGCACGAUUGCUUA